CUGGCUUGGCCCUCGCGGGAGCGAGCCGCGUCCGCGGGCGAGCAGCGUGGGCCUUUGUGCGUGGCCCGGCGACCAGGCCCUCCGGCAGAGGCCACUGUGAGGCAGGGCGGGACGGACCCUGCCCGGGCCAGCGGAGCGAACCUUCCCGCGCUUUCUCCUCGGCGGCGCACGCGCGCGGCCGCGGGGCGGGCUGCGGCUGCGCCUUGGCCGGGCUGUCUCGACGGCUACCGGUACCGGGCUGGGCCGUCCGGUCCCGCCCCGCCCCGCCCCGUCCCGCCCCGCCCCGCCCCGCCGGCUGCCGGUACCGGGCCGCGCCUCUGGGCCAUCCGGGUGGCUGCCAGAGCCAUGCUGCCGCCUUGCUGGGCCGCCUUGCUGGGCCGCCGGGCCCCGUGGAGGCCGGCCCUCCUCCUCCUCAGCCCGGUGCUGCCGCCGGCGGGGGGCCGGCAGCCGACUUUCUCCACAACCUGCGCGAGAUGCUCAAAGAACAGGCGGCUGAGGCAAAAAAGAGUCAUUUCGGAGAGAAAACUGACACGCUAUUUCGUGGAUCACCGGACAGUGCGUGUGGUUGGAGGACGAGGAGGAGGAGGAGGUCAUUCUUUUUAUAGUGAACCCAGAAAAAUAUUUGGAGGUCCUGAUGGCGGAAACGGAGGUGAUGGGGGUCAUGUCAUUUUGAAAGCUGACCAGCAAAUGAAAUCACUGUCCUCAGUCCUCCCCUUCUAUCAGGGUUUUCAUGGAGAGAAAGGAGGAAGCAAAAACUGUUACGGAGCUAACGGUGCAUAUGUGUAUGUUAAAGUCCCUGUAGGUACAUUGGUUAAGGAGGAUGGGAAAGUUCUUGCUGACCUCACUCGACAUGGUGAAGAGUAUAUUGCAGCUUAUGGAGGAGCUGGAGGGAAAGGUAAUCGUUUUUUUCUUUCCAAUGAAAACCGAGCUCCAACAUUAUUUACACCAGGAGAGCCAGGUCAGGAAAGGGUACUCCAUCUGGAACUCAAGACAACAGCUCAUGCAGGAUUGGUGGGCUUUCCCAAUGCUGGCAAAUCAUCGCUUUUGAGAGCCAUCUCCAAUGCAAAGCCAGCAGUGGCUGCCUACCCAUUCACAACCCUAAAUCCCCAUGUCGGCAUUGUCCACUAUCAAAACUAUGAACAAGUAGCAGUUGCUGACAUUCCUGGACUAAUAAAAGGUGCUCAUCAAAACAGGGGCCUCGGGAUGGCCUUCCUAAGGCAUAUUGAACGCUGCCGCUUUCUCUUAUAUGUGGUGGAUCUCUCUGUGUCUCAGCCAUGGACUCAGCUGCAAGACUUAAAAUAUGAACUGGAACAAUAUAAAAAAGGAUUGUCUGAGAGGCCUUGUGUUGUCAUUGGGAACAAGAUAGAUCUUGCUCAGUCCAGGAUCAAUCUGCCACUCCUUAAAGAACAGGUAGAUGAGCGGGUCAUUGCAUUGUCUGCACUGACAGGAGACAACCUAGAGGAACUGUUGUUGCAUUUGAGAGAACUCUAUGAUGCUUAUGUGAAGACGGAACAAUCACAAGGGCAAAGCCCGGUCAAGUGGUAGGAACCAGAACUACUGUGAACUGUACUGGAAGAAAAAAAAAAAAUCUUAUCUGCUAAGAUGGUGUUUGUUUGGUGUUCUUUGGGCUUGGACUUUUUUUUUUUUAAAUGCAUGGGGCACAGCAUGUGGAGUUGUUCUGGACUGCUGCAUGAGUUGUUUGUUCACCUUUGAGGUGUCUCAGGUGUUUUACAAUAAAAUUUGAAAAUAGUAA